AUGGUUACAGCUACAAAUGUUGUUCUACCUCCAUCUUUCAAUUGGCAAAAGAGUAUUUGGCAAGUCAAAACCCUUCAAAAGAUUCAAAGUUUCUUGUGGAAAGCGGUUUUCAAAGCUGUACCGGUAGAAGAGCUAUUAACAAGACAGAGGAUUCAAGUCAAUGGUACUUGUCUAAGAUGUGGACAAGUUGAAUCGGCAGAUCAUGUGUUGUUUUUGUGUCCUUAUGCUCAAAAGGUUUGGGAUUUGGUUCCGAUUAACAUUAGACCUUUCUCCCAACUACCUGACAUACGUAGUUUCAUCACUGAUAGCAAACCAUUUUCGUAA